CAUUGCCAUUGAGAUCAUCUCAAUAGUCAGUUCUGUUCUCUGAAUUAAGUGGAUUUUGGUCUUUUAUCAUAUGAAACUAAACUAAUAAUAUGGUGGUACAAAAGAUUGUCAUCUUAUCUUUAUUAAUAACACAAACAUUGUCUGCACCAAGUGGAUGUAUAGAAUCUUGCACUUCUUAUAAUAAACAAUAUCAAAGUCAAAGUUCUAAUGGUUUUCAAGACCAUGUAGACUUAUCACAAACUGCAGCACGUGUACAAGGUCUUGAUUAUUCAAGACCUGGAACAUGGUCUGAGCAUAAUGACUAUAAUAUAAACAAUGGACAUGGAAAAGUGCAUGAAGAAAGAGGUCAAUAUGUUAAUGGUCCUAAGACAGUAAGAUAUUACAAGAAAAAUUAUACUUCUUCUUAUGGUACCAGAUAUACUAAUGGUGCAGGACUGUCAAAUGUUGAACAACAAAAUAAUAGUUAUAGACCUGGUGUGCAUAUACCUAAUGCAGAAGAGAUUUCUAAUUUCCAAAGAACAUACAAUCAAAUAGGUAAUUCAGGAUCUAUUGCACAAAAUACAUACAACAGUCUACAGAGUCAACAACAGAGUCACCAACAUACUCAAUCAUCACUCAAAGAAACUAAUGCUCAAAGUGAAAGGCUUGAAGAUCUUGGAGAAUACAGUGGAAAUUCACAAGUUAACCAAAAAGGAACAACUGAUGUAAAUACUCAAAUUUUACAAGAACCUUAUAAUACAAACACACACUCUGGAAAUUGGAAUACAGUAAAUUCAUAUAAAACUGAUGGAGGACAAGGUCGAGUAUUUGAAGAAGAAGGUCAAUAUGUAUCAGGACGUAAAAAGGUGCGUUAUUAUAAAAGAAAUUACACUUCUAGUUAUAGUUCUGAUGGAAUUCCUAUCCCUGGAAUUGAUAAAACUGAAGUGCAUGAUAUCCACAAAGAAAUAGAGAAACUUCAUACAGAAAUUGGAAAGGGAUUCAGCCAGAUAUCUACUGCAGGAAACAUAGGAUUCAGUAAUACUGCACAAGCACAUAUUAACACACAUGACUUGUCUACUGAUGAUCUUGAUAGUGCAAGUAGUAAUAGUCAUAGAGGACAAAAUAGUUACGGAAGUAGUUUAUCUACAACACAUAAUGAAGACCAACACUAUAGAGAUACCACCACUGAACAUUUACCUUAUAGAAAUCCUUCUCAAAGUGCUUAUGGAACAAACAGUUUCAGUAUGUAUAAAAGACAUGAAGGACAACAUGCAACACAAUUUCAACCAACAAGUCAAGUUAUUAAUCCUACAUCAGGAUAUACUAAUAUACUUAGUACAGGAAGCAGUGGUUAUAAUAGGAAUAUGUUCAGUGAAGCAGCACUGCAGCAGCACACAGACAAUUUACAACACACAGAACAUUUGGAUGCACUUCAAUCAAGAUUGCAGAAUGAAAUGAUUCAUGAUAAUUUAAGAAAUAGUGCUCACAUGCAAAAUAGUGCAAUUCAUUUAGGCACACCAGGACAAGUGGCACAUUACAAAGAACAAUGGAGUUCCAGUCAUAUAAAAGAAACAGCUAAUCCUCAAUAUCCUACAGAUAUUUCAAAUAUGAACCAGCAAAAUAUGCAAUAUAAUAAUCAAUAUGAGAAUAGACAUAAUUCACACCAAGCAAUGCAUCACCAAAAUAGUUAUUCACACCAAUUUAGAGAAAAUGGCUACAAUUCUGGCCGAAGAACACAGUUUGGAAAAUUGAUGACUGGAACACUUGAUUUAAGCCAAGUAGGAGAGGAUACUGUAGACUGUGAUCACACCAAUUCUCAGCAUGGAAGAAAAUAUAAACGUAGUACACAAUACAAUAAUCACAAUGAUGAUUUCAGACAGCAGAUAGGACAAUUUGAUGACCUCACACAAACUUCUGCAGAAUUCGAAUUUGGUCAGAAAUCACAGCACCCUCACCAACCUUGGAAUCCAAGCUCAACCCAUCAGAAACUGGAAGAUCUUACUCAACAGACAAAUAUAUUUGGUGAUCUACCUCAAACAUUUUCUAGAGUACACAAUCUUGAACCAGUAAUUCAUCUAAUCCACGAGAUUUGGAAACCAAAAAGUGCCAAUCAAAAGAUAGAAGACCUUACUCAACAAAUAAAUAUAUUCGGUGAUCUACCCCGAAAAUUUUCAAGAGAACAUGUCCUUGAACCAGACACACAACAAACCUAUCAGCCCUGGAAUCCAAGUACUUCUAAUCAGAAACUUGAAGACCUUACUCAACAGACAGAUGGAUUUGAUGAUCUAUCCGAACAAACUUCUGGAAAACUUGAACUUGGUCAAGAAACCCAGCAAACUUAUCAGCCUUGGAAGCCUAACAGUGCCAAUCAAAAGGUAGAAGACCUUGCUCAACAGACAGAUGGAUUUGAUGCUCUAACCCAACAAACUUCUGGAAAACUUGAACUUGGUCAAGAAACCCAGCAAACCUAUCAGCCUUGGAAGCCUAACAGUGCCAAUCAAAAGGUAGAAGACCUUACUCAACAGACAGGUGAACUUGAUGAUUUAACUCAACAGGCUUCUGGAAAACUUGAGUUUGGACCAGAAACACAACAAACCUAUCAGCCUUGGAAGCCUAACAGUGCCAAUCAAAAGGUAGAAGACCUUACUCAACAGACAGGUGAACUUGAUGAUUUAACUCAACAGGCUUCUGGAAAACUUGAGUUUGGACCAGAAACACAACAAACCUAUCAGCCUUGGAAGCCUAACAGUGCCAAUCAAAAGGUAGAAGACCUUACUCAACAGACAGGUGAACUUGAUGAUUUAACUCAACAGGCUUCUGGAAAACUUGAGUUUGGACCAGAAACACAACAAACCUAUCAGCCUUGGAAGCCUAACAGUGCCAAUCAAAAGGUAGAAGACCUUACUCAACAGACAGGUGAACUUGAUGAUUUAACUCAACAGGCUUCUGGAAAACUUGAGUUUGGACCAGAAACACAACAAACCUAUCAGCCUUGGAAGCCUAACAGUGCCAAUCAAAAGGUAGAAGACCUUACUCAACAGACAGGUGAACUUGAUGAUUUAACUCAACAGGCUUCUGGAAAACUUGAGUUUGGACCAGAAACACAACAAACCUAUCAGCCUUGGAAGCCUAACAGUGCCAAUCAAAAGGUAGAAGACCUUACUCAACAGACAGGUGAACUUGAUGAUUUAACUCAACAGGCUUCUGGAAAACUUGAGUUUGGACCAGAAACACAACAAACCUAUCAGCCUUGGAAGCCUAACAGUGCCAAUCAAAAGGUAGAAGACCUUACUCAACAGACAGGUGAACUUGAUGAUUUAACUCAACAGGCUUCUGGAAAACUUGAGUUUGGACCAGAAACACAACAAACCUAUCAGCCUUGGAAGCCUAACAGUGCCAAUCAAAAGGUAGAAGACCUUACUCAACAGACAGGUGAACUUGAUGAUUUAACUCAACAGGCUUCUGGAAAACUUGAGUUUGGACCAGAAACACAACAAACCUAUCAGCCUUGGAAGCCUAACAGUGCCAAUCAAAAGGUAGAAGACCUUACUCAACAGACAGGUGAACUUGAUGAUUUAACUCAACAGGCUUCUGGAAAACUUGAGUUUGGACCAGAAACACAACAAACCUAUCAGCCUUGGAAGCCUAACAGUGCCAAUCAAAAGGUAGAAGACCUUACUCAACAGACAGGUGAACUUGAUGAUUUAACUCAACAGGCUUCUGGAAAACUUGAGUUUGGACCAGAAACACAACAAACCUAUCAGCCUUGGAAGCCUAACAGUGCCAAUCAAAAGGUAGAAGACCUUACUCAACAGACAGGUGAACUUGAUGAUUUAACUCAACAGGCUUCUGGAAAACUUGAGUUUGGACCAGAAACACAACAAACCUAUCAGCCUUGGAAGCCUAACAGUGCCAAUCAAAAGGUAGAAGACCUUACUCAACAGACAGGUGAACUUGAUGAUUUAACUCAACAGGCUUCUGGAAAACUUGAGUUUGGACCAGAAACACAACAAACCUAUCAGCCUUGGAAGCCUAACAGUGCCAAUCAAAAGGUAGAAGACCUUACUCAACAGACAGGUGAACUUGAUGAUUUAACUCAACAGGCUUCUGGAAAACUUGAGUUUGGACCAGAAACACAACAAACCUAUCAGCCUUGGAAGCCUAACAGUGCCAAUCAAAAGGUAGAAGACCUUACUCAACAGACAGGUGAACUUGAUGAUUUAACUCAACAGGCUUCUGGAAAACUUGAGUUUGGACCAGAAACACAACAAACCUAUCAGCCUUGGAAGCCUAACAGUGCCAAUCAAAAGGUAGAAGACCUUGCUCAACAGACAGAUGGAUUUGAUGAUCUAACCCAACAAACUUCUGGAAAACUUGAACUUGGUCAAGAAACCCAGCAAACCUACCAGCCUUGGAAUCCAAGUACUUCUAAUCAGAAACUUGAAGAUCUUACUCAACAGACAGAUGGAUUUGAUGGACUAACCCAACAAACUUCUGGAAAACUUGAGCUUGGACAGGAAACACAGCAAACCUACCAACCUUGGAAUCCAAAUAAGCCUAAUCAAAAUACAGAAGACUUUACACAGCAUACAGGACAGUUUGAUGAGUUUACUCAACAUACUUCUGGUAAUCUUGAGUUUGGUGAAAAAUUACAGGAAUCCUAUGAUCCUUGGAAGCCAAGUUCUAGUAACCAGAAAUGGGGAGAUCUCACACAACAGAAUGAUAACAUGUCUGCUCAACAACAUGGACCUGAUUCACAUUUUCCUAAGCCUGCGGGGAAACCUAAACCAAGGUCAAGGUACUCAAGAUAUGGAUCAGCAGUUAAUGUACAGGUACCAACUUUAAAUAUGCCAAAUAAUAGUAAUGAAUCAGCUAUGGACUUUAGUAAUGGGGACACUGGUGCACCAAACAUUUAUGAAUUAUCUCCAGAAGUUAAUGUAGAAGCUGAUGUAGAUAAUAUUAGAAAUCAAAAUAUUAAAGGUGAUCAAGGUGCACAAAACCACAUUAAUAAAGAUAUUUCUAAACAUUUAAAUUCAGAAGCUAGUAGUGCAUAUGAUAUUCAAGGAGGAAAUGUAGAUCAGGUGAAUUGGUUACACAAAUCUAAUGAUGCAACGGUAGGUUUGCAAUGGCACUAUACAUAUCAUCCUAGUGAUCAAAGACAAUUUGUACAACAAACAGAGCAGAAGAAUAAAGAAGAUUCAGAGCAACAAUUAACACAAACAAAUUUGUCAAAUUUAGAACAGAAUGUAGAUCAAGAAGCACAAAAAAAAUAUUUGUUUUACAGCGAUACUGAAAAGCAAAUUGAUCAGACAUUUGAAGAACAAGGAACAAGUGAAAAUGAAAAUCAACAAAAACAUAUUGGAGAUAAUGAAAGUGAAAGGCAAUUGGAGUCAAGAAUCCUGGAAGUUUAUGGAGGUGGACAAUAUGAUCCAUCUCAUAAUGAUGAUAUAUAUUCUGGAGUAACAGUAAAUCCUAGUGCUACAUUAUCACCUAUUAAUAAUGCUGAUCCAUGGGAUAUUAGAAACAAGCCAAAUGAAGUAAUGACAACAACAGAAUUGACACCUCCACCAUUGCCAGUAGAACCUGUAGGUACAAGUAGUACUACUACAGAAGCAACACCGCCACCAUCUGUUUGGUCAAGACUUGGCCAUAAAAUUAGAACUACUGUUGAUAAAGCUAAAGAAAAGGCUAGAACCAUAUUUGGUUAA